GUCAAGGUCAAACAUAAGCCUGAAAAUGGAAAAUGUAUGUCAAACAAAAGUUUUCAUUUAAUUAAUUUUAUACAUUUUUCUAAUGUUUGUUAUUAAAUUACUUGAUGAUUUAGAAAUCAGUUACCUUUCCCAUGAAAAAUGUUGAAAUUUGGUUCAAAACAUGACAGCAAUAUCGUUUUUAAAUGUACAGUACGACUUUUGGAAGACACAGAACUAUUAGAAUGUGAAUAUAGGCCCCACGACAAAGGAAAACAGUUACUUAAUUAUGUAUGUCAACAACUUAAUCUUAUAGAACAAGAUUAUUUAGGCCUUCGUUAUGUGGACAACCAGGGUCAGAGACACUGGUUGGACCUGGGAAAAUCAAUAGUCAAACAAGUAAAAGACCUAGAUCCAGUACUGUUUAAUUUUCGAGUCAAGUUUUAUCCUCCUGAUCCAUUCCGACUUAAAGAAGAAAUCACCAGGUAUCAAAUAUUUCUACAAUUAAAAAGAGAUUUGUUGCAUGGUCGUCUCUACUGUGGCACCAAUGAAGCUGCUAUGCUAAUGGCUUUAUUAGUUCAAGGGGAAUUGGGUGACUAUGAUCCAGAAAUUCAUGUAGGCCAUUAUGUAGCAGAUCUCAAAGUACUUCUCAAGCAAACUGAAACAAUAGAAGAAAAAGCAAUGGAGAUACAUCAAAAACAAUUGAAAGGUCAAGAGCAGUCACACAUUGAAAAUUGUUUUUUAAAAUUAACUUGCCAGUUAGAUACUUACGGGGUUGAUCCUCAUCCAGUGAAAGGUUUAUUACAGGAUCAUAAAGGCACCCAACUUUACUUAGGAAUCAAUUAUAGUGGUAUUUUAACAUUCCAAGGAAGUAGAAAGACGCAUCAUUUUAGGUGGCCUGAUAUUCACAAAAUAAAUUAUGAGGGAAAAAUGUUUAUUAUUCAUUUAAAUUAUAACGAAAAAAAACAUACUGUAGGCUUCAAAUGUCCAACAGGAGCUGCAUGUAGGCAUAUAUGGAGAUGUGCCAUGGAACAAAUGCUAUUUUUUACUUUACCAACUAGUUCAGAUGCCCCAUCCGUGGUAUCAGGUGGUGGCUUUUUUUCCUGGGGAACAAAGUUUAAGUAUACUGGCAGAACCGAAAGAGAGAUAUUGGAUGAUACAGGCUCGCCUAGCAGAAAAGAACCCAAUGUACAAAGGACCUCUAGUAUGAGAAGGAAAGCUUCAAGUGUGCCUGCGACUCCAUCAACUCCUUUACAGCCUCACCUAGGUUAUAAUAGUUUACCCCGUUCAAGUCAUUCAGACGUGGGAGGCUCUCAUAUGGAAUGUAGUAGUAGUUCUGGUAUACUCACAGGACUUGAUGGUAACCCAGUUCAAGGGUAUAGUGAUGUGGCUGCCUUAGAAACAGUGUGUGAAGAUUCAGAAGCAAUAGGUGGAAAAAAAAUACGCACAGACUACUGCAUGCUUAAAUAUAAGGACGACUCCAUUGAUAGAUUUAGUGAUUACUAUUUCCGUGAUUCAUUCGAACAUUCCUCAUCAGAAUCUCAAUUGAUUGAUAAUAUUUAUCGAUAUGAUAAUACGAAUCCAUCACAUCGGUCUAGUCGUAGUCCGACACCACUGUCACAUUCUCAAAUAGAAGCGCGCCCUUACAUGCCCGGUAAUACGCCUCCAACAGAGCAGAGUUUGCAUGAGAAGGGUAGAAGGUUCAACGUCAUUGGUGCCUUUCUACCAGCACUCUUCGCUGUUACAGUAUUUUUAGUUGCUGUCAUUAUUAUCUUGUUAGAAACUGAUAAUUCCUUUUUUGGGAACAUUCCAGUAAUAGUUGCAUUAAGAUACCAUAUAUAUGAACCCGUUAAAUCGUUUUUUCGUGAUAAACCAUAAUUUUUUAAGGCUAUUUAAAUCUCAACAACAGAAAAUGUGAUGGUAUUUUCGACAGCAGCUUUUGUACAUUCGCAUUCCCAGGAUCUAGUAAAAAAUAUAUAAUUAGCUUUAUUUUUUAUUUUUUUAAUAAGUGUUAUAGAUACCUAUGUUUUUAUAUUUUAUUACUGUUUUUGUUUUACAUAGAUGGAAUCAAAUAAGAGCUUCACUAAGUAACAUCCGGAAAUAAGCCACAAUAGUUAUUCAUCUAAUUUGUUUAUUAAUUUGCCUCCCUUAGAAGGAAGAAAUUACAUUUAAUUUUAUAAACUUACACAAAUUAAGUACAGGGUGUUCAGUUCAAGUACAAAUAUCUCAAUACAUGGGCGCGUUCAGAUUGAAGAGUCCAGACGACGUCCAGUGAAGAGCGCACCCGAUAGAGAGCGCACUCCGUGUGUGCCCGGCGAUUCGCCCAAUCUGAACGGCCAAGACGCAUUCUUUCUUUAUAACCUCAAUGAUUCUAACAUUUUUGCCGUUUUCUUCAUAAUUUUUUAAAUAAAUACCAACUAUGGAAGAAGCCAGAGUAUCUUUAUAUUUAAAGAGUUAUUGAAUGAUGAGGACGCUUCAUCUUCGGACGACGAGGAUGUGCUAGUGUCAGUGAUUGCUAUCAAUUUAGCAUCACAAACUAAACAAAAAAAAAGAAAGAGGGCACCUUUUUUUUAAAUAGAGUUGAUGAGGAUAACGAAGAAUUUAGAUAAACCCACCAUAACUCGCAAAAAUAAUUAUUUACAAUAUUUGCCUUUAUUAUUUAAGGUUAGAACACAAACGCGCAUGCGGGGCAAAUUUUAUCUUGCUAUUUUAUGGGAUGCAAAAGUGUGCGCCCGGGCGUCGUCCGGUAAAAAUCUACUGACAAUCUGAACGGCUGGGUAAAUUUUACCCAAAGCAAUCUGAACGGUCGGAACGCGCUCGGGCGACACCCGACGUUCAAUCUGAACGCAGCCCAUGAAUAUAGAGACUAAACGCAAAAGAUACAUAUAGCGCUGUCUCUCUGGAUGUAGUUGGAGAAUCUGACAGAGUUUGGAAAGAUGGCGUUUAAAAAAAUUACCCUUACUAUCUUAUGUCUUGACGUGUGACAAAGAUUUUUCGUUAACAUGAAUUAUACAAAAUAAUAUAUUUUUGUCCUAAUCCUUUAAAUGUAUACAAAAUUAUCAUGCGACUUCUAAUGGGGAGCUUCUCCGAGGAACUGUUUUAUUCCAUAUGCAUGCAAUAUAGCAAAUAACAGCAAUUACAUUUUGGUUGUUGUUCUUUCACUAGUACUAGUGAACCAAAAUCCACUUAUGUUUUUUUAUAUGUAUGUCCGACUAGGGAAGUUGAGUUCUUUAUUUUUGUAUUUUAUUAUUAUACCUAGCACUUUCAAUAAUAUGUUAUAGUAAACUAAAUUUAAAAAUGGUGGAUUAUCUUAGAUUUAUACAAAGGCACCACCUCCAUUUGCAUAAAGAAAUCCUUAAGUUUGUAUAGUUAAAAUUUUCUCAUUUAUGGAAUCUAAAAUUAUAAUCACAAAGCAAUAAAUUUAUGUACGUACACGAAACUUAGAACGAGCGCCUAGCCAAAUAUAUGAAUAUGUUGAUAGUUAUUGGCGGUGCCCUUUUGGUACUUUUUGUAAAAUAUUCGUAUACGCAGUCAUAGCUUAACAUAUUAGUUUUAUUUACGGUGUGCAUAUAGAGAGCUGGGUAAUAUUUAAUAACUGAGCUAUAGAUAUACUAUAAUAUGCAACUUUCAGUAUCUUAUUUUUAUAAAAAGGUAAACAUUCAACAGCUUGCAUGGGAUAAAAACUCACACUAUGUGAAAAUGAACAAUUAUAUGUAAUAUUCUAGGAAAAUGAUAGAACUUCAUUUAUUCACCUCAGAGUUUAUUUCGGAUAACAAUAUCCUGCCACCUUGCAGAUUUUAUUAAAAUACUCAAAACAAGUACCUACUUACUUUGUGUUUAUAUUACGAGUCAUAACCUUGUUACAGGGUAUUUGAUUAUAUUUAAUACCAUACCUACAGCCUUUACUAUUUAGGAUAGAAAAAAAAUUUAAAAUCAAAACUUGACAGUUUUUCUCUCUAUUUUCUUUUAACAUUAUCAGAAGAAACAAAAUCGCAUUGGAAAAUGGAAAAACGUAGACAACUUUAAUUUUUUUUAAUGGGACACACUGUAUAUUAUGCGAUAAAAUGAAAGAUCUUUUCUUCCUGAUUCCAAAUAUAUAUAUUGAUCACAUUUGCUAGAGCCAUUUUUGAUAUAUAAAUAAAUAGUAAACGUUGUAGGUAUGGGCUUAAAUAUAAUCAAGUACCCUGUACCUACAUAUUCUUAUGUUUUUAUUCGAUUUUGCGAUAAGUUAUUUCUCCUUACUACAAAACAGAAAUAGAUGUAAAAGAGCUCUCGUUUUAGAAAGAGAAAUUUACAACUUAUAAUUGUGUCCAAUCAAACCAAACUGAGUUAUUUCAAAGCAUUACAUAAGUUAUCAUGACAAUAGUGAUAAAAUUGAGUCACAGGUUCGAAAACAUCUUAAAUAAUCAUUUAUGUUACCUAGCAUGUUACUUAAACCAAUAAGGUGUAAAAAAAAUAAUAAUAUUAGUGAUAGAGGUAUUUCUUAUGAUCUCGAAAUACUGAAAGUGGCAUAUUUUAAUUAAUAAUCAUUUAGUUUUCUUCAAACUUGCGAAAAACCCUUUUUUACCAAUAAUUCUAUAGUUCAGUUAUAUAUGUAUUUGAUCAUAAUGAUAAUAUUUAAUAUUAGAUAAAUUUACAAAAAAGAAACUCAUUCUGCGAGUGGUUAUUGAUAAAAAAACGUAUAGUAUUGAAAUACGCUUUUGAUGACAUAGUUUUGUUUUAACUCAUAGAAUCUAGUUUUACCAAUUGAUUAUUUUUAUAUGCUUAAAAAAUUAGAAGUAAUAUAUUUAGAGUUCUUGUGCAAUUAAUAGUAGACCCAGUAUGUUUUUUUUGGUACUUUCAGUAUCAUAUACCUGAAGUUACUUAGGCUUUUGUAGACCUCAUGCACAAAAUGUCAUCGAAUUAGAUUUAUUUGUUGAUAUUUUUCUGUGGCUGUGUUUGCAGGUUAGUAGAAAGCAUGUAAUUUUUGUGAGAAAGUUUUGAUGUAAAACGCACAAACCUGCGAAGAUAUCCAAGGAAUAAAGAUAUUUUUAUAGUAGCACUAGUGAUAAUAAUAACUGACGGACUGGAUUGAAUAAAGUAUUUUCUUUUCAACAAACCCUGUAUCUGUUUCUACUUUCUACCAUAAUGUUUUUUUGAUUUUUGAAAUUGUAUCAGAUACAAAAAUUAUCUCACCACAAAACUGUUUAAAUGGGGACAAGAAUAUCAAGUAAACAAAUAUGCAUAUGCACAGGAGUUGAAAUGAAAACAUUGGAUUGAAUUUUUUUUAUGCCAAACAAUAUUAUUUGCCCAUUGCUUGAGACUAUAAAGCAAACCCAAAAAUGUUUAAACAUGUUGCAGAUCGUAGAAUAAGAAUAAUGCAUUUCGCAAAAAACUUUUUGUUUCUGUGUUGAGAGAGGCCUCUAAACUGUAAACAAAAAUUGUUUUCCUAAAGUUGAUUGCCACUUCACAAAACUCCGCCCAUUGCUCAUUCAAACCUAAUGCCUCUUGCUGAAUAUUUUGUUCUUGUUUUUUUUUUUUCCAAAUUAAAUGUUCACUAUUCAAUUCAAUUGUGUUUUCAACAAUUAAUUUAUGUGGGGAAUUGAGGUGAAAAUCGAAACCAUAAAAUCUUGUUAUUAAAAAUUAGUUCAUCGGUUAUAAAAAAUAUCACAAAUGCUGAUUUUGCCUUUAUUUUCAAGUAUGUGUUGUGUGGUCCAUAUAGGUUUUAAAUUAAUUAUUAAAUAAUGUAGUUGUAAAUUUCAGUUACAAUUUCAAUUUAGAUAAAAGUGUACUAUUAAUAGAAAUAAGGAGAGUAAGCAUAGCAAGUGUUCAUUAAUAAGUUUUGUCUUUUUAAAAUAAAUCUGUGAUCUUUUCUCAAUCUGCUGUUUUAAACAUAGACAGAUACAAAAUGUCCCAUUCCCUAAAUAUGAAUAAUUCCUCAAAUCAAAAUGUAAUAUAUGUAGUAUUAUUUUUUUGCUUGGAAGUAUGAUCCAAAAGUAUGCAUUGUUUUUAUUGAAUAAGGCUCUAACGGUAUCAUUGCAUUCGUCCAAUAUUCAUAAAACUAGCCAUUCAUGUAUGUUUUUAUUUAGUAGGCAUUAUAAAUUCUCGCAAAUUAUUUUAUUGUCACAACAUAUUAUAUGUCGAUACAUAUUAGUGUCCGACUGAAGAAAAUACUGUUGCCAAACAUGUGUGAUGAUAAAAUAAUUUGUGGAAAUUCAAUAGAGUCUUUUAGUAAGGUAAAAUGAAUUUUCAUCAAGUAGAUAAUGGCUAACUCAGUGGAAUAUUCUAGAGAUGGAUGAUACAUAUCUUUUUUACAACGAAAAACAAUUUGUAAAGUUUUGUGUACUUAUCUAACUGUUAUUACCUUCCAUAAAGUUACCUCUCCAUUUGUUGAUAUUUGUUUUUGUAAAUAUACAUUGAUAAAAUGCUCAGGAUUUCUGAACAAGUGCUCGUGUUUUCCAGCAUUCAUAGAAGUAAAAAUAUUGCAAACUUUUGAUCAAAACCCUAUAAAAUAUUAUAUGCUUUUUAGCUCCAAUAUUUAAAAUACCUGCAUCACAAGGCAAGUAGCAGAAGGGUGUUUGAUGUCCUCACAUAAAAUAUCAAUGCAAAUGUUUUUUUUUAAAUAUUUUUGUAAUUAUUUAUGGGGCCAUAAUUAUAAACCGUAAGGUAUAUUUCUUCCAUAAUCUAUUUCAUUUAUAUGUGGAAACAAUUGAAAGAGUCUUCAGUACCUGUUGCAUCUUUCUCAUUUAUAGAUGGAGGUUGUUUCAAACACAGCACUCAAGCCUCAGAAAUAAAUUUGAAAAAUGUAAGCCUACGAAAUAAUUGUCAGUCAGAUUGAUUGAAAGCUUAAAACUGUGAAGAAAUGUGUCGUUUUUAUCUUACGGUGUUUUUUUUUAAUCUGCUUUAUAGUUACCUAAUUUUAGCAUUUACGAAAUACGUUUUUUGUAAUAACUUUCUACAAGUAAAACCUUUGCCAAAUAAAAAUCUG